AUGGCUUCUAUUCACUAUGAUCCACCCUCUGUUGCAUCCCAAGUUCAUGAUGAGGAUGAGAAGAAGAGCGAAUUGCCGACGCUGACGGCGUCGGCAAACAGUGAGCCCGUUCCAUUCGCCAGGCUUCUGGCUUACGCUGACGCUGUCGACUGGCUUCUGAUGGUGCUCGGGAUGCUCGGGUCUGCGGUGCACGGGGCAGCGCAGCCCGUCGGUUACCUCUUGCUCGGUAAGGCUCUCGACGCGUUCGGGAACAACAUUUCCGACCAGCGCGAGAUGGUUAGGGCACUCGAGAAGGUGGUGCCCUUUGUGUGGUACAUGGCAAUUGCCACACUCCCUGCUGGGAUGCUUGAGAUCUCAUGCUGGAUGUACGCCAGCGAAAGGCAGUUGGCACGGCUGCGAAUCGCGUUCCUGAAAGCAGUUCUCAGUCAAGACAUCGGAGCAUUCGACACCGACUUAACGACGGCGCAGAUCAUCACCGGAAUGACAAACCAUAUGAGUGUCAUACAAGACGCGAUUGGUGAGAAGCUGGGUCAUUCUAUUGCGAGCUUCGCCACUUUCUUCGUCGGCAUCAUCAUUGCCUUUGCAUGCUGCUGGGAAGUGGCCCUCCUCGCGCUGAUCGUCGUCCCCAUGAUUCUCGUAAUCGGAGCAACGUAUACGAAGGAGAUGAACAAACUUUCAUUGUUGAGAACCGCGUACACUGCUGAAGCAACAUCUGUGGUGGAGCAGACCCUUUCCAAUAUAACAACAGUCUUUUCCUUUGUUGGAGAGAGCUCAGCUAUUAAGGCCUUCACUCAGUGCAUGGAGAAGCAAUACAUAAUGAGUAAGAAAGAGGCACUAAUAAAAGGACUGGGUUUGGGCACAUUUCAAGCAGUAACAUUUUGUUCGUGGGCAUUGAUCGUUUGGAUAGGGGCGGUCGCAGUAACUUCAAGAAAAGCCAGUGGAGGAGAUACAAUAGCUGCUGUGAUGAGCAUCCUCUUCGGAGCAAUAUCAAUCACUUAUGCUGCGCCAGAUUUUCAGAUCUUUAAUCAGGCAAAAGCAGCAGGGAAUGAAGUUUUCAAAGUGAUUGGAAGGAAGCCAAGUAUAAGUUACGAAGCAAAGGGGGAAACACUCAGAAAGAUCAAUGGAGAGAUAGACAUACAAGAAGUGCAUUUCGCUUAUCCGUCUCGCCAGGAUAACCCUAUUCUUCAAGGUUUCUCGUUGCUCAUACCAGCAGGUAAAAUUGUUGCUCUAGUGGGUACCAGCGGAUGCGGAAAGAGCACCGUGAUUUCUUUGGUUCAAAGGUUCUAUGAUCCGACCUCAGGCGACAUAUUCAUUGACGGUCACGACAUCAAGGGUUUGGAUCUGAAAUUCCUACGGAGAAACAUAGCUGUGGUUUCACAGGAGCCAUCACUAUUUUCAGGGACAAUUGAGGACAACUUAAAGAUCGGAAAAAUGGAUGCAACCGAUGAGGAGAUAGUUAAGGCAGCAUCAACAGCCAAUGCACAUUCAUUCAUAUCGCAACUUCCAGAUAAAUACUCAACGAAGGUUGGUGAGAGAGGAGUACAGUUGUCGGGUGGGCAAAAGCAACGAAUAGCCAUUGCAAGGGCAAUGCUAAAAGAUCCCCCGAUCCUUCUUCUCGACGAGGCAACGAGUGCACUGGACUCCGAGUCCGAAAAGCUAGUUCAAGAAGCUCUUGAGAGAGCUAUGAAGGGCAGAACUGUCAUUUUGAUAGCCCACAGAAUGUCGACGGUGGUUAAUUCAGACAUCAUAGUUGUGGUGGAGAAUGGGAGAGUGGCGCAGACUGGGACCCACAAGGAAUUGCUAGAGAACAGCAAAUUCUACAGCAGUGUAUUUAAUAUGCAGAAUCUGGAGAUGGAAGUGGAAGAAACAGCAUCAAGAUCUCUGGAUCAUAUUCAUAUAGAAGAAGCUAGAGGGAUCAUUCAAAGUUCUCCUAGACAAGCAUCUGAGCUCUGGGAACAACGAAAGAAAAAAAAGGAAACAAGCAACUCUCAAACGGAAGAAGCACGAAAGAUCAAAAGGAAAACAGUCCCUUUCUUUAGAAUCUGGUUUCGGUUACAUAAGCUAGAGCUUGCAAGAACCAUAAUUGGAUCUUUUGCAGCAGCUAUCUCUGGCAUUUCGAAGCCUUUAUUCGGGUUUUACAUCAUGACAAUUGGAGUGGCAUAUUACAAGCAAGACGCAAGGAAGAGAGUGGAGAAGUAUUCCAUAAUAUUCUUCAUAGUUGGAUUUCUAACACUAGUUAGUCACAUUAUACAGCACUAUCUUUACGGUCUAGUUGGAGAAAAAGCCAUGAAGAACCUAAGGGAGGCUCUCUUUUCAGUGUCGACAACAAUUGGAAAAAGCAAAAAUGCUACCGGGUUUGCUCUACCUAUUGCAGUGAUUCUUCGAAAUGAAGUGGGUUGGUUUGAAAAAUCCGAGAAUAGUGUGGGCUGUCUUACCUCACAUAUCGUCAGUGAAACAUCCAUGAUCAAGACCAUUAUAUCCGACAAAAUGUCUGUGAUCGUCCAAUGCGUCUCAUCUAUUCUAAUAGCAACUGUCGUAAGUAUGGUCGUUAACUGGAGGAUGGGUCUAGUAGCAUGGGCAGUUAUGCCGUGCCACUUCAUCGGUGGUCUUAUACAAGCUAAAUCAGCCAAAGGCUUCUCAGGUGACACUGCUAUCGCCCACCAAGAACUCGUGUCACUCGCAUCAGAAGCUGCAAGCAACAUCAGAACAGUCGCAUCCUUCGUCCAUGAAGAUCAUAUACUCAAGAAAGCUAAGCACUCAUUAAAAGAACCAAUGAGGAUUACUAGGAUAGAGAGCAUCAAGUACGGAAUAAUUCAAGGGAUAUCACUUUGCUUGUGGAACAUCGCACAUGCUGUAGCUUUGUGGUAUACUACAGUGUUGGUCGAUAAACAACAAGCAACCUUUGAAGAUGGAAUUCGAUCAUAUCAGAUAUUUUCACUGACAGUCCCCUCAAUCACAGAGUUGUGGACUUUAAUUCCUACAGUAAUCUCCGCCAUCAGCAUACUGACCCCAGCAUUCCAAAUACUAGAUCGGGAAACAAAAAUCGUGCCAGAUGUACCCAAAACUGUGAACCUAGAGAAGAUUUUAGGAAAAAUCAAAUUCAAAGCGGUUACUUUCAGCUAUCCGUCAAGGCCGACAGUGGUUAUACUAGACAGUUUCACUCUAGCUAUCGAAGAAGGAAAAAAGGUGGCCCUUGUUGGCCCCAGUGGAGCAGGGAAGUCUUCCAUUCUGGCUCUUCUGUUAAGAUUUUAUGAUCCUUGUAAGGGAAUCAUUUUGAUUGACAGGAAAGACAUAAAGAAAUACAAUCUUAGAUGGUUAAGGAAGCAGAUAGGAAUCGUCCAGCAAGAACCGAUCCUUUUUAGUUCCUCGAUGAGGGACAAUAUCAUUUACGGGAAUGAGACUGCUUCGGAAGCAGAAAUAGUCGAAGCCUCGAGAGAGGCGAACAUUCAUGAAUUUAUAAGUAGUUUGCCGAAUGGUUAUGACACAGUGGUGGGCGAGAAGGGAUGCCAACUCUCUGGAGGACAAAAGCAAAGAAUAGCCAUCGCCAGGACGCUAUUGAAGAGGCCUUCUAUAUUGCUGCUAGACGAAGCGACUAGUGCAUUGGAUGGAGAAUCUGAAAGAGUGGUCAUGAAUUCUUUCUUCUUUAAACAACAAACAAGAGAAGGUGCGCCAGUGAGCAAAAUGACCCAAAUAACAGUUGCCCAUAGACUUUCCACAAUUAUCAAUUCGGACAUGAUCGUGGUGAUGGAUAAAGGGAAGGUGGUUGAGAUGGGUAACCAUGCGACCUUGGUCGCAGCAAGUGGACUUUAUUCUAAAUUAUUCCAUAUGCAAAGCACGGUGAGAGAUUAAUUCGUUAACUUCCCAAGUUCUAUUCAGAAUAGAAGCUUGUAGGGAAGAAUAUUUAGAUGAUAAUGAAUAUCACAUGUUGCAAGAGCAACAUUGCAACAGCAGGACUUGUUUGUAUACAUGAUACGCAACAUGAAAUCAUAAUGAAGAUAUGGAAAAUCCGUACUGAUAGCUUAUUUUGUUGAAAAUUGAGCGGAAGUCUUAAAAUUUUCGUCCUUUUGGAGAACAAUUCUUCAACUGCAAUUUUUCUUUCUGAAAAUGGUUUUUUCAUUUUCUUCUGUAAAAAUAUAGUUGCAAGGGGAAGAGGAAAAAAAAAAAAAAAACCCUCGACAAAAGAGCUAACAUGAUUGAUGGAAUCUUUUGUCAAGAUCUUAGAAAACAUAUGAAUGUAAGAUACGAAUGUUUAUACACAUAGCUGAUAGAUUAAUAAUUCUCAAUAAGCUG